GCACACGUCUUUACAGCGGCAAUGACGACGAAAAUUUGAUUCCAUAAUAGAUGAAGAAAACGAACUAAUUUGGAGGGAACUUGGACUCCAGGGUUUCAUGUGGCGACUCAGGCAAAGUAACAAGCCUCCAGAACUUGCCAACCAACCACGCUGUUGUGCUGACGUCCUGUGACUUUAACAACGAUGCCGAGCCGUUCUGCGGAUUCCGCCAGGACCCGGAGGACGGCGGUGACUGGACCCGGCACAAAGGUCCAACCCCGACGAAUGGCACGGGUCCUCAAGGAGAUUACCCAGAUGGAGAGGGAUUCUACAUCUACCAGGAAUGUGACAAUGUGGCAAACGGGCAGAAGAUCCGUCUACUGAGUCCCACGUUGUCAACGCCGCCGUCACAGAUCUGCGUCCAGUUCCGUUAUUACAUGUAUGGUUCAGACGGUUCCAAUCUGUUGCGAGUGCUGGCGAAGAGGCCGAAUGGCGAGUCCGAGCUGUGGAAGAGGACUGGUUUUCAGAGUCCGUCGUGGCUGAAGGGCGCCAUCGCCGUGCCCAAUUCAAACAGUCAGGAGGUCGCUAUCGUCUUCGAGGCCCAGCGCGGUUCCUCUCCUUCCUGCGACUCAGCACUCGACAACAUCAUCAUAAGUCAAGGGUCGUGUCCCACUUGCGUUUCUGGCUGCGAUUUUGACGACGUGGAUGACAUCUGUGGGUGGAUUCUUUUCCACACUGACCCGGACAUAUUCGGCUUUGAGCAAUGGUCUGGCCCAACGAACACAGUCGGCAGCGGACCUGAUGAUGACUUCUCCAAGCCUGGGCUGGGGUCAUACCUGCUGAUGGAUUCUACCUCUGCUGUCCCCGGACGAAAGGGGCAAAUCAGAAGUCCUGUGAUAGAAACGCCUUCUGGAUGCCUGGAGCUUACGUUCCAUUACUAUCUGUAUGGCACCAGCAAGACCAUGCAGCUCAGUGUCCACAUCUUGACAGGAGAAAAUCUUGGCUCCUCACUGUUCACCGUCACGGGGGACCAGGGUCGAGCUUGGAAGCCCGCAGAAGUCCGUUACCUCGGGAACACGCCUGUCCAGUUUGUUAUUGUGGGCACCUACGGAGAGACGGCUCAGACUGAUAUUGCUGUUGAUGCCGUGUGUGUCAUGGCCUGUCAAGGUCCGUUAACGACGCCACAACCACCAGUGUCAACUUUAGCGCCGACAACUCCACCGAAACCCACAACUCCGAGACCAACCACACCAAACCCAAUUCAGUGCCCUCCAAAUGCAGACUACAUUGAAUGUGGUCCGGCUUGCAUCCCCACCUGCGCGAAACCCUCCACCAACUGUAGCGGCUCCUGUAUCAGUGGCUGCUUUUGCCGGCCGGGGUUUGUCUUCAAGGGGGAGCACUGCGUGCCCCUGGAGAAAUGCGGUUGCCUGGAUCACAAUCACAACUAUUACGAGCCCGGAGAGAUCGUAUUUGGGGACGGCUGCUCAAAGCUGUGUCGGUGCAUGGGCAACUACACUUUGGAAUGUGUGGAUAACUCCUGCGGUCCCACCAACGAGUGUCGUGAGGUUAACGGUGUCCCAGGAUGCUACCCGAAAGGUACAUCCUCGUGCAUCGCAUCUGGGGAUCCUCACUACACGACAUUCGACAAGCGCAAGUACAACUUCAUGGGCAACUGCAGUUACAUGAUGAGCGGAGUCUGCAACGUAUCGGCCUUACCGAUUUUUGAGGUCAUCGCGGACAAUGAAAAUCGCUACAACCGACCCACCAUCUCCUAUGUGAAGGCGGUUCAUGUGCAUGCUUUGUUGUCCAAUGAGAGCGGUGUGCAUCAUGUCUCCAUCUUCAAAGGUGGCACUGUCCAUGUGAAUGGAAUCAAAGUCAACCUUCCAGUCAAUCCGUUCCCAGGUGUCUCUGUGUUCAAAUCCGGAAAGCACUACACCGUGUCCUUGGAUUUUGGCGUGACUGUGCGCUAUGAUGGAAACCACUUUAUGGACAUCAAAGUGAUUAAAGACUUUAAGAACAUACUGUGUGGACUGUGCGGAGAUUACAAUGGACAACCCAACGACGACUUCCGUAAACCAGAUGGCUCGUUGACCCACAAUCCCAAUGAGUUUGGAAACAGCUGGAACAUUGAUCCAGAGUGCAACAUUAAACCCAACACCACUAAUCCCGGAUGUGAGCCAGAGGAGCAGAAGCUCUAUGAGAGUUCUGGAUAUUGUGGUGCCCUGCUGGACAAAAAUGGCCCUUUUGCUGCAUGUCACGCCAAGGUCAAGCCCAACGAUUACUUCAAGGACUGCGUCUUUGACCUUUGCGAGCUUGACGGAGCUCCUUCCAUCCUAUGUGAGGCCAUCGAAGCCUACGUCAAUGAGUGCCAGGACCGCGGGGUCAACAUCGGACCCUGGAGGAACGAAACCUUCUGUCCUUUUGGCUGCCCCCCCAACAGCCAUUACGAGCCCUGCGCGGACCCCUGCCAGGAGACUUGUUCGGGCAGACCGCCCUCCUGCAGCGGCCCGUGCACGGAGUCCUGCGUGUGCGAUCCCGGCUUCAUCCUCAGUGCCGGGAAAUGCGUCAGCAACUCUUCAUGCGGCUGCCAACACACCAAUGGCCAGUAUUAUCAGCCUGGAGAAGAGUUCUAUGCUGAGAACUGUGACCUGAAGUGUAGGUGUGACGCACCCAUGGUGACCUGUCAGGCAUCUCAGUGCCCCCCAAUGCACGAGUGCCAAGUCCAAGGGGGAGAGCUGGGCUGCCAUCCCACAGGAUCAAGUACACCUAAACCAACAACACCAGGCGUGCCAACACCAAAUGCGACAACGCCAGGAUGGACAACACCAAAUGUGACAACGCCAGGCGUGCCGACGCCAAAUGUGACAACGCCAGGCGUGCCGACGCCAAAUGCGACAACGCCAGGAUGGACAACACCAAAUGCGACAACGCCAGACGUGCCGACGCCAAAUGCGACAACGCCAGACGUGCCGACGCCAAAUGCGACAACGCCAGGCGUGCCGACGCCAAAUGCGACAACGCCAGGAUGGACAACACCAAAUGCGACAACGCCAGGAUGGACAACACCAAACGCGACAACGCCAGGCGUGCCGACCCCAAACGCAACAACGCCAGGCGUGCCGACCCCAAACGCGACAACGCCAGGCGUGCCGACACCAAACGAGACAACGCCAGGCGUGCCGACACCAAACGCGACAACGCCAGGAUGGACAACACCAAACGCGACAACGCCAGGAUGGACAACACCAAACGUGACAACGCCAGGAUGGACAACACCAAACGCGACAACGCCAGGAUGGACAACACCAAAUGCGACAACGCCAGGCGUGCCGACACCAAAUGCGACAACGCCAGGCGUGCCGACACCAAAUGCAACAACGCCAGGAUGGACAACAACAAAUGCGACAACGCCAGGCGUGCCGACACCAAAUGCGACAACGCCAGGAUGGACAACGCCAGCCGUGCCAACGCCAAAUGGGACAACGUCAGAAUGGACAACACCUAAAUUUACAACUCCUGGAGUGACAACACCAAUUCAGUGCCCUCCAAAUGCGGACUACAUUGAAUGUGGUCCGGCUUGCAUCCCCACCUGCAUGAAACCCUCCACCAACUGUAGCGGCUCCUGUAUCACCGGCUGCUUUUGCAAACCGGGGUUUGUCUUCAAGGGGGAGCACUGCGUGCCCCUGGAGAAAUGCGGUUGCCUGGAUCACAAUCACAACUAUUAUGAGCCUGGACAGAUCAUGUACACGAAGGGCUGCUCCAAGCUUUGUCGCUGUGCAGGCAACUACACUUUUGAAUGUGUGGAUAGCUCUUGUGAUCCCACUGAGGAGUGCCGGGAGGAUAAUGGCGUCCCAGGAUGCUAUCCGAAAGGUGCGUCCACAUGCAUCGCCACGAGCGACCCACACUACACGACCUUCGACAAGCGCACGUACAGUUUCAUGGGCAACUGCAGCUACUUGAUGUCCGGAGUCUGCAGCGCGACACCUUCGCCGAGCUUUGAGGUUUACGCCGACAACGAGAACCGUUAUAACAAUCCCCUUAUCUCCUAUGUGAAGGCUGUACACGUGCAUGUACGCAAGGUGAAGGUCUCGAUCCUCAAAGGUGGCUCAGUGCUUGUAAAUGGGACCAAAGUAAACCUGCCUUUGACUGUGGCUUUGGGCGUUUCUCUGUUCAAAUCUGGGAAGUACUACACCGUGUCCAUGGAUCUUGGUGUAGUUGUACGCUUUGAUGGAAACCACUUUAUGGACAUCAAAGUGAUUCGAGACUAUAAGAAUCUACUGUGCGGUCUGUGUGGAAAUUACAAUGGAGACGCAAAAGAUGACUUUCGCCAGCCAAAUGGCUCAUUGACCAGCAAUCCCAACGAGUUCGGACACAGCUGGAACACUGAUCCAAAGUGUCAGAAAACGAACACCACCGAUCCAGGAUGCGACGAAGAGGGGCAGAAGCUUUAUGAGAGCUCUGCCUAUUGUGGCGUGCUGCUGGACAAGAACGGUCCGUUUGCUGUUUGCCAUCCCAAGGUCAACCCCAAUAAUUACUUCCGGGACUGUGUCUUCGACCUUUGCGCGCUGGAUGGAGCCAAGCCUGUUCUGUGCGAAGCCAUUGAAGCCUACGCCAAUGAGUGCCAGGACCGCGGCGUUGACAUCGGACCCUGGAGGAACGAAACCUUCUGUCCGUUGGGCUGCCCCCCCAACAGCCAUUACGAGCCCUGCGCGGACCCCUGCCAGGAGACGUGUUCGGGCAGACCGCCCUCCUGCAGCGGCCCGUGCACGGAGUCCUGCGUGUGCGAUCCCGGCUUCAUCCUCAGUGCCGGGAAAUGCGUCAGCAACUCUUCAUGCGGCUGCCAACACACCAAUGGCCAGUAUUAUCAGCCUGGAGAAGAGUUCUAUGCUGAGAACUGUGACCUGAAGUGUAGGUGUGACGCACCCAUGGUGACCUGUCAGGCAUCUCAGUGCCCCCCAAUGCACGAGUGCCAAGUCCAAGGGGGAGAGCUGGGCUGCCAUCCCACAGCAUCGCAGGACUGCAUCAUCUCUGGAGAUCCGCACUACAACACUUUUGACAAAAAGUUCUACAGUUUCAUGGGCUCCUGUACCUACACUUUGGCAAGAACCUGCAGAAACGACACCGGACCUUGGUUCUCAGUUGAGGGGAAGAACGAGGAAAGAGGCCUCGCGGGAGUAUCGUACCUGCGGAAGCUUUACGUCACGGUGGACGGGAUCACGGUGACUUUGAUGAAAGCCAGGCGGACCCUGGUGAACGGACUACGUGUAGCGCUACCUUACGCCCCAUCUCCGGUGGUCAGCCUUAGUCGUGCCGGUCAGUACGUCACGGUGCAGACUUCCUUUGGCCUUCGAGUCCGCUGGGACGGGAACCAUUACGCCCAGAUCUCUGUGCCCAGCUCCUACCACGAUCAGAUGUGCGGCCUGUGCGGUGACUUGGACGGGAACCCAGACAAUGACUUCGCCAAGCCGGACGGCGCUGUGGUCGCCGACGUCAACGAAUUCUGCAACAGCUGGCAGACGGAAGAAGACGAAGACGACUCGUGUUCCCCAGGCACCAAGCCCGACCCAGAAUGCGAUCCAAAACUCGAGGCUGAGGUGGUCAAACCGGAGAAAUGUGGAAAACUCAAGGACAGCGCCGGACCCUUCCGGGAGUGCGUCGGCGUGGUGAAUCCCAGCCCCUUCUUCCAGAGCUGCGUCUACGACAUGUGUCGCUUCGACGGCCAGCAGGACGUACUGUGCGACCAGCUGCAGGCCUACACGGAGGCCUGCCACAGUGCCGGAGUCAAAGUCCACCAGUGGAGGAGUCCCCACUUCUGUCCCCUGCAGUGCCCCGCCAACAGCUCGUACUCCCUGUGCGUCAGCGGGUGUCCGGAGACCUGCGCGGGCCCGGUGGGGGCGCCCGGUUGCGGCGACACCUGCGUGGAGGGAUGCGCCUGCGACGCGGGCUUCAUCCUCAGCGACGACAAGUGCGUGUCGCUCAAAGACUGCGGCUGCGUCGACGGCGCCGGCUCGUACCGUCCGGUGGGCGACGGCUGGUACUCGGAGGGCUGCGAGCGGCGCUGCACGUGCCAAGAUGGAGGCGUGAUCCAGUGCGUCAGCAGCAGCUGCCAAGCCGCCACCGAGAUCUGUCAGCUCCACGACGGAGAAUACGGCUGCCGUCCUUUGGGAAAUGGGAUGUGUUCGGUAUCUGGUGACCCACACUACACCACCUUUGACAAGCGCACCCACCAUUACAUGGGCGCCUGCUCGUACACCCUGACCGAGACCUGCGGCGUCUCCUCCUCCGGCUUGCCGUACUUCAGCGUGGCCACCCAAAACGAGCGCAGGGGCAGCAACAGCAAAGUUUCCUACGUCAGGGCCGUCGCCGUGCAAGUGGACGGCGUGACGUUCGUCCUCGGCAAAGGCCGAACGGUCCAGGUCAACGGGACGGCGGUGGUUCCGCCCGUCGCGUGGAUGGGCGGGACAAAGAUCCACUUGAGCGGCAAGUUUGUCGUCCUGGAGACGUCUUUCCACUUGAGGGUGCGAUUUGACGGCAACCACCACGCCGACGUCUCCGUGCCGACCUCCUACAAUGGGCAACUUUGCGGGAUGUGCGGAAAUUUCAAUGGAAAUCCUGGAGAUGACAACCUGAAACCGGACCGGACGCCCGCUUUGACCACCAAUGAACUUGGAGACAGCUGGCAGGUUCCUGACCCAAGGCCCGAUUGUCGCAACGAUGGUGGACAGGAGGUGUGCGACCCGAAGGUGGAGGAGGACGCCCAGAAGCCCACAAGCUGCGGCACGAUCGCCGAUGCCAAUGGUAUCUUCAGGCCGUGUCACUCGGUGGUGCCCCCCGGGCCUUACUCGGAAAACUGCGUGUACGACAUGUGCGCCACGGGCGGCCAGACCGUCAGCCUCUGCCAGGCGGUGCAGAGCUACGGCGACAUGUGCGCCGCGGCGGGAGUCGCCAUCGCGUGGAGGAACAAUACCUUCUGCCCUCUCAAGUGUCCCGCUGGAAGUCAUUACACCCCCUGCGGUUCCGCCUGCGCCCAGCCCAGCUGUCAGAAUCCGGCGGGGCCGGGAGGUCCCUGCGACCAGCCCUGCGUGGAGGGGUGCGUGUGUGACCCCGGCCUCGUUUUGAGCGGAGACAAAUGCGUGGCGCUCAGCCAGUGCGGCUGCACCGACCACGUCGGCGAGUACCGGCCGGUCGGCGCCGCUUGGUUCCCCCGAGCCGACUGCUCGCUGCGUUGCGAGUGCGACGGCGGCCGCAACGUGACCUGCGAGCCGUGGCGGUGCAGCCCCGCCCAGGAGUGCAAAGUCCUGGAGGGAGUGCUGGGCUGCCACUCUACAGGGAAAGGAGUGUGCCACGUAGCCGGUGACCCUCACUACUACACCUUUGACGGCCUGAUGCACACUUUCAUGGGCACCUGCACGUACACUCUGGUCCAGGUGUGCGAUGCCGCCAUGGUGACGCCGUUCCGAAUCGUGGCCAAAAACGAAGAGCGCGGCCAACCGGAGGCGUCCUACGUCCACUCCGUCAAGGUUUUCCUGCCUCACGGCAUCCAGAUUGAGCUGCAGAAGGGCCGCAGGGUUCUGCUGAAUGGCCGGCGGGUGCGAACUCCAAUUUCCCUGAGCGAGGCGGGCGCCAAGGUGAUCACCAGCGGCACGUACAAUCUGCUGGAUACCGACUUCGGUCUGCAAGUCAAAUUCGACGGCGUUCAUCACCUGGAGAUCACCGUACCCGGACAAUACUUUGACAAGCUGUGCGGCAUGUGCGGGAAUUACAACGGCAACGCGUCCGACGACAACCUGAAGCCCGACAAGAAGCCCGCCAAGGACGCCAUCCAACUGGGCAACAGCUGGAAGGCGGACGGAGACAGCCAGACCGGAUGCCAGCCGGACACUCGGCCCGACGUGCACCCCAACUGCACGUCGGAGGAAGAAGCGCGCUACGAGUCCCAAUGCGCCGGCGCGUUCCUGUCCCACAUCUUCCAAGGCUGCCGGGCCGCCGUGCCCCCAGAAGCCUUCUUGUUGAACUGCGUGUACGAUAUGUGCGAAUACGACGGCAUGCAAGCCACGCUCUGCGACAACGUGGAGGCCUACGCUCAGGCCUGCCGCAGUGCCGGCGUCGCCGUCAGCUGGAGGAACCGGACCUUCUGCCCGCUGCCAUGCCCGCCCAGCAGCCACUACUCGGACUGCACGGCCCCGUGCCCCCCCACCUGCUCCGACCUCUUCCCCGUCUUCUGCCACCUGCCCCCCAGCACCUGCGUGGAGGGUUGCCAGUGCGACGCCGGCUUUGUCCUCAGCGACGGCAAGUGCGUGCCUCUGGACAAGUGCGGCUGCGUGGACUCCAGCGACGAGUACCACGACGUGGGAGACUGGUGGCUGACGGCGAACUGCGUUUCCAAGUGCACGUGCCAGGCGGGGGGCGCGGUCGUCUGCGCCGAGCACAGCUGCGACGCCGACUCGGUGUGCGCCCUGGACAAGCUCGGCGACGUCUCCUGCAAGCCCGCCAGGUUCGACAAGUGCACCAUCGCAGGGGAUCCCCACUACCGGACCUUCGACGGAUUUGCGCACCACUUCCAGGGGCCGUACACGUACGUUCUGACGGCCGAGCGCCAGCCCCAGGACUCGGGGCCCCGCCUGACGGUGAGGGGCAAGAACCUCCGGCGAGGCGGAAACAAGAGGGUGUCCUUCCUGGACCAGAUGCUGGUGGACGUCUACGACGUCAACGUUCGCCUCCUGCAGGGGAAGCGAGUCCUGGUGAACGGGGAACUCGUGUCGCCCCCUCUGAGUCCGGCCCCGGGGUUGCUCGUCACCAUGAACUCCAGGCAGGUUCAGCUCACCGCCGACUUCGGGCUCACCGUGCGCUUCGACGGCAGGAGCCGUGGAGAGAUCGUCCUGCCCAGCACGUACAAGAAUGCCGUCGGAGGCCUGUGCGGGAACUACGACGGGAUUCGCGGGAACGAGUACAUGAAGCCGGACGGGACGGUCGUCAGGAACCUGAACGCCUUCGGAGAAAGCUGGAGGGUCAGCGACCGACUGGCCGGCGUCCGCGACGGCGCCUCCCCGGUUCACAGGCGAGAAGCGGACGCGGGUCCCGAUUCCGGAUUUGAGACGUCAGACUGCUCCGCGCCCCAGCUGGCCGACUAUAACGGCCCCGGCAUGUGCGGCGCCAUAUCGGACGCCGCGGGGCUUUUUGCGUCCUGCCACGCCGUCCUGCCGCCCGCCAGCUUCCAGGACGACUGCGUGUUCGACCUGUGCGCCGAGCGUGGCAGCGAAGACCUGCGAUGCGCCAGCUACGAAGCCUACGCCGCUGCGUGCCAGGAGGCCAAAGUCACCUUGGGACUCUGGAGACAGCAGCUGGGAUGUGCGCUGUCGUGCGAAGGCAACAGCACGUACGCGGCGUGCAUGUCCCCCUGCCCCGCCUCCUGCGCCGACCUGGCGGCGCCGUCGGAGUGCGCCGCCGCUUCCUGCGUGGAGGGCUGCCAGUGCGCCCCCGGCUUCGUCAUGAGCGAGGGCGGCUGCGUGCCGUACGCGCAGUGCGGUUGCAGCUUCCUCGACAGAUACUACCCGCUGAAGGAGACCUUUGUGACCGAAGACUGCGCCCAGUCCUGCGAGUGCACCGCCACCGGCGCCGUGUGCCGACCCAAAAGCUGCCAGGACGGUUUCGUCUGCACCGUUUACGACUACAGACGCGACUGUCACAGAGUGAGUCCGUGCCUCAGCGGCCCCUGCCUCAACGGAGGAACGUGCAACCACGGCGGCGCCGACUCUUACACGUGCGUCUGCGCCCAAGGCUACGGCGGCUUCAACUGCCAGGACGAGAUUACGGGCACCGAGGGACUCGAAAGCAAAUGGAUCAUCUUGAUCGCAGUGUUGGUGUCAGUCGCCGCGGUGACGGUGGUCAUCGUCACCGUUGUCUGCGUGUGCAGAAGCGUCAAAAAGUCAGACGUUUAUGUAAUUCAGAAGCUGCCGUCGUCUCACAGCGGGAAAAACAAGAGGAAAGAGAGCGAGCUCACAAUGGCGUCACGUGUCCCCUAUGAGGAUAUGGAUGAAAACACAAACAAGAGCAUGACAGCUAUGUGAUAUUAUUAUUAUUAUUAUUGUUUUACUUUUUCUUUUUCUGCUCGGUGUGAUUUUCAGUGUUCUCCUCAGUACAAAUGAAAUGCAAAGUAUUUGUUUUGGUCAAUGUUGGACGUGCUUGUUAACUUAUAUAGCCCCCCCCCCCCCCUCCAUUUUCUGGCAUUUUUGUGUGAAUUAAAUACCAACUCAAAAGCAUGUCUUUUUUUUAGCUUCUUUUUUUUAAAUCAAGAAAUUCUGGAAUUUAAAUUGUCACAACAAUAAUAAGUCAUUUAUUUUUUUAAUCAAUUUAUUGGCAUGCGUUUGAAAA